AUGACAUCUGUCUUGGACCAAAUCAAGGAUUUUACGACUGUUUACAAACCUCAAGAUGCAACCACAAAUCCAUUAUUGAUUUUAGCUCCUAUCGAUGACGCAAUUAGCUACGCUAAAAGCAAGAUUGAUAAGCUUCUAAUUAAUUUCGACAAAGAAAUACUGAAUAUAGUUCCAGGUAGGGUUUCAACAGAGGUUGAUGCGCGUUUAUCGUUUGAUACACAAGGAAGUAUUGAUAAGGCUGUGCGUUUAAUCGGGCUUUACAAAGAAGCGGGUAUUGACAAAGACCGCAUUUUAAUCAAGAUUGCAUCCACUUUUGAGGCUGGUAUCCACUGCAACUUAACUUUAUUAUUUGGGUUUCCUCAAGCAGUUGCGUACGCCGAGGCAAGUGUUACUUUAAUUUCCCCAUUCGUAGGGCGUAUCAUGGAUUGGCACAAGGCUCAUACUGGCCAAGACUAUUCAGGCUCUGAUGAUCCUGGCGUGAUUUCUGUUACCAAAAUAUAUAAUUAUUACAAGCAUGAAUUUCAAAUGGACAAAAAGAAAUUGGAGCGUAAAUCAACACUUCAGGGUGGAAAAAAGGUGGAGAAGGAUAUGAAUGAAGAUGCGAUGGUUACUGAAAAUUUAUCUGAAGGCAUUCGUAACUUCGCAAAAGCUGAAGGACGUUUUGAAAGCAAAACUAAAGUAAAACAAUAA